CAGCAGGCGUUGUUUUUACUGUGCUCGGUUUUUAAAAUUCAUUUAAAACGCCGUUUGGAAAAUUGGUAAACGUCAAGGCACCCAUCGGUUGCAAAAUGGACGCGCAUUCCACAGCCGUCGCCAUAAUAGAUAUGGAACUGGAUUUCGGCGAGGAUAUGGAUGAGCACGGAGUAUUGGGGAAAGUGGGUCAGCCUGAGUACUUGGUAGCGAUGGUUCGGCGCCUGCAGGCGAACCAUGUGUGGAUCCGGGAGCAGCUGACUCACCUACAUCGCCGCCUGGUGACUCUUCGGUUGGACAGGCAAAGAAGCCUCUACGAGGGAAAGGAGCGGUUGCAGCGACUCCUGCUGAAUUUGCAGGUAAAAUACGGACGCCAGUGGGCACUGUAGGGGAAUCGAAGGAUAAUGGAGCUCGGAAUUCGGGUGCCAACACUUUAGGAUGGUGUGAAGAACGUUCUAAAGUACAAAGGAUCUUUAAUGACAAAGGAAUCAAAAUGAUGGCAUGAUGAUCUCAAAUUGUACGACGCGAAUGUUAUUAGGUUUUUAAAAGG